GAGUUCGGACUUGUGCGCUGCCCUCUUAGUUAACCCGCCCCCCUUCUCUCUUCCGCUCCCCCUUGUUCUCCCUCUGCCGUCGAAGACGAAGCUGCCGUUCGACGGUGAAGCCGACGCCCAUCCUUCUCCCCCUCGCUUCUCUCCUUCGCCCUCUCGGACGACCCGAUCACUGAUCCCCGACGCCUCGAGGUUUUAGAUCUCGAUCUUCCCCGAUUCUGUUCUCCGCUGGGGUUUCGAGUCGGAACUCCAGAUCCGGAUUUCUUCUGUAUCCCACCGCGGAUCCUGCGAGCUACCAGGUCUUGGGUUGGCCCUUGAUCCGUCGCCGCCGAGAUCCGAAUCUCUUCUGUCCCGACGGCGAUGGAGGAACUGAGCCAACUAUCGGAGUCCAUGGUGCAGGCCGCCGCGCUCCUGGCCGACGAGGACGUCGACGAGGGAUCGGCCAAGCGGAGGACCUCCACCUUUCUCAACGUUGUUGCCCUUGGCAAUGUCGGUGCCGGCAAAUCAGCGGUGUUGAACAGUUUGAUCGGACACCCUGUUCUGCCGACCGGUGAGAAUGGUGCGACUCGGGCCCCCAUCAUUGUCGAUCUACAAAGAGAUGGCUCGCUGAGCAGUAAAUUGAUCAUUUUGGAAAUAGACAACAAAUCCCAGCAGGUUUCUGCAAGUGCUCUUAGGCACUCUCUUCAGGACAGGCUAAGCAAGGGUUCAGGAAAGAGCCAUGCGGAUGAGAUCUAUUUGAAGCUUCGGACUAGUACAGCUCCUUCCUUGAAAUUGAUUGAUCUACCGGGCUUAGACCAGCGGGCCAUGGAUGAUUCUGUGGUCAGUGAUUAUGGGGCACACAAUGAUGCAAUAUUGCUAGUUAUAGUGCCAGCUUCUCAGGCACCAGAUAUUUCUUCUUCUCGUGCUCUUAGACUGGCUAAGGAAUUUGACGCAGAAGGGACACGAACGAUUGGUGUUAUUAGCAAAAUAGAUCAAGCUGCUGGAGACCCAAAAAGUCUUGCAGCAGUUCAAGCUCUUCUUUUGAAUCAGGGGCCAAGGAAUGCUGCUGAUAUUCCAUGGAUUGCUCUGAUUGGGCAAUCUGUUUCUAUUGCUUCAGCACAAGCUGGAUCAGUUGGCUCUGAAAGUUCUCUUGAAACUGCUUGGAGAGCGGAGACUGAAAGUCUUAAAACUAUACUUAGUGGAGCUCCGCAAACUAAGCUUGGCAGAAUAGCAUUAGUUGAUACCCUUGCCAAGCAAAUACGUAAAAGAAUGAAGCUGAGGCUGCCAAAUAUUCUUUCUGGAUUACAAGGCAAGUCCCAGAUGGUGCAGGAUGAGUUGUUUAGGCUUGGUGAGCAAAUGGUGCAGACUGCAGAAGGUACGAGGGCUAUCGCCUUGGAGCUUUGUCGAGAAUUUGAGGAUAAAUUUCUGCAGCACAUUGCUACUGGUGAGGGUGCAGGCUGGAAAAUUGUUGCAAGUUUCGAAGGAAAUUUUCCUAACAGAAUAAAACAGCUUCCUUUGGAUAGAUAUUUUGACAUCACUAAUGUCAAAAGGAUUGUGUUGGAGGCUGAUGGGUAUCAGCCAUAUUUGAUAUCACCUGAGAAAGGUUUGAGAUCUUUAAUAAAAGGAGUACUAGAUCUUGCAAAAGAACCAUCACGCCUUUGUGUGGAUGAGGUGCAUGGAGUUCUAAUAAAUAUAGUUUCUGCUGUGGCAAAUGCUACCCCUGGAUUAGGCCGAUAUCCUCCAUUCAAGAGAGAGGUGGUUGCAAUUGCGUCUACUGCAUUAGAAAGCUUUAGGAAUGAAGCCAAAAAGAUGGUCGUUGCAUUAGUUGACAUGGAGCGUGCUUAUGUUCCUCCUCAACAUUUCAUUCGCUUGGUCCAGCGGAGAAUGGAAAGGCAGCGUAGGGAGGAUGAGCUGAAGAAUCGAUCAUCAAAGAAAUCUAAUAAUUCAGAGCAAGCCAUUUUGAAUAGAGCAUCAAGCCCUCAACCAGGUUCCCAAGGUGGUAGCUUGAAGUUGACGAAGGAAAAAUCAAAACAACCAGAGAAAGAAGUAAAAGAGGGCUCAACCUUGCAGGUGACUGGACCUUCUGGAGAAAUAACAGCAGGAUUCUUAUUGAAGAAAAGUGCAAAAUCAAACAGCUGGAGCAAGCGCUGGUUUGUCCUCAAUGAGAAAAGUGGAAAGCUCGGGUACACUAAAAAUAAGGAGGAGAAGCACUUUCGUGGUGUCAUCGCUUUGGAGGAAUGUAACAUUGAAGAGGUUUCAGAUGAUGAGGAACCUCCUAAAGGUUCAAAGGAUUCUAGAAAAGCAAAUGGGCCAGAAAAAAGCCCAAGUCUUGUCUUUAAGAUAACUAGCAAGGUCGCAUACAAAACUGUUUUAAAAGCUCACAGUGCUGUAGUGUUAAAGGCUGAAAACAUGCCUGACAAAGUUGGCUGGAUAAAUAAGAUACAGAAUAUCACUGGAUUGUCCAAGGCAACUUCUUUGAAGGGGGCUGAUUCUGAAGCUAAUCCUGCAAUUAGACAAAGCCAUUCAGAUGGUUCACUAGACCAGUUGGCUAGAAGGCCUGCUGAUCCUGAAGAAGAACUUCGAUGGAUGUCCCAAGAAGUUCGUGGUUAUGUGGAGGCUGUUUUGAACAGUCUUGCUGCAAAUGUUCCAAAGGCCGUUGUGCUUUGUCAAGUUGAGAAAGCUAAGGAAGACAUGUUAAAUCAGCUAUAUAGCUCCGUUAGUGCUCAAAGCACAGCAAGGAUUGAAGAACUGCUCCAGGAAGACCAAAAUGUGAAGCAGAGACGAGAGAGGUUCCAAAAGCAGUCGUCACUCCUUUCAAAGCUUACACGCCAGCUAAGCAUCCAUGACAACCGAGCAGCUGCUGCUAGCUGGUCUGAUGUUAGUGCAGGAACAGAAAGCAGCCCAAGGACCAACAUUUCUUCAGGCGAUGAUUGGAGAUCAGCGUUUGAUGCUGCAGCAAAUGGAUCACUUGACAACACAUACAAUGAGUCAUCUAGAUCUAACAGCAGCAACAGCCGGCGGUAUGGUAAGCCAACCCAAAAUGGUGAUGCAAGUUCAGGCGCAAACUCUGGUAGUCGUCGGACCCCAAAUAGGAUGGCACCACCACCACCAGGCGGUUCAUCGGCACAUAGAUACUAGGCCUCAUAUGGUUUGAUCGGUGUCACAUGUUACAUACAUUCUUGAUGGAUGCAAUUACCUUUGUGUUUUGUCCUUUUUUUAAGCUGGUUCAAGCCACAAGAGAGCGGAAAACCUAGUGUUGACGCUGUAUGCUAGAUGAUUGCAUGCGAUAUACAGAAGCUUAUAUAGUAACUGGGCAACACAAGGUAUGUGUGAGAUCUACGUUGUCAUUGGAAGCCAUUAUUUCCUCAUCUUGUUAUUAGUUGUAGCAAUUCAUUGCAGUCUUGAGUUAGUGAUUGCAUGAGACCUCGGCACACUACAUCAUUUGUGUAAAUUGAUUUCCACCUGAUAUUUGAGGUAUUAUUGUGCUCA